UGAGAGCACUGGCAUUUCGCCAACCGCAGAAAAUCUUAAUGUCAUAGGAAACUUUCCCACACACACUUCCAUGAAAUAGUUGAAACGCUUCUUAGACAUGCUUAACUAUUAUGGCCGUUUCAUUACAAACGCCGCAACACAUGUUAUCUCCACGCACGAACUUGUUAGCUGGUGAGCCCAAGUAGUUCCAUUUCACUGACUCAACUGCAAGCUUUCGAAGUCAAAUCUACUCUAGCUGAUACCAUGAUACUUUUCUACCUGCAACCCGAUGCUCCGCUGCCGUUAAACGUUGAUGUGUCUAAUACAUCUAUCGGAGCUGUCUUGCAACAGACCGUCGAUAAAGUCCAACAACCACUUGGAUUUUUCUCCUAUAAGCUCACACUAGCCGUAGCUCGAUAUAGUACUUUUGGUCGUGAGUUACUCGUCAUAUACGCAAGCAUCCGACACUUUCGACAUCUUCUGGAAGGACGACAGUCCGUAGUGUUGACCGGUCAUAAGCCUUUGUCAUUCGCUGCACAGGCUAAGCCAGAUAAGUACUCCCCUGUGAAGUAUGUCAGCUAGAUUUCAUUUCACAGUACAUCAAUGAUAUUUGCCAUAUUCCUGGACGAGAUAACAUUGUCGCGGAUACACUGUCACGCCUGAAAGUAGAAUUAGUGGGCAUGACUUCUAUCAAUCUGGAACGCAUGGCUCAA